CUUUCCCAGUACGAUUAUGUUACGCAAUCAGAGACUUUGUAUUGAGAUUUUGGGCCGUUUCUGUGUCCGAUUCAGGGUCUAUUUCUUUAAUCAUUUUCACUUUUUGAUGUUCUGUCUUGAGUCCUUCCUCUGGUCUAAUACCCAAGAAAAGGUAAGAUUCUUUUGGAAAAAUCCCCCCCACAGCACAUUUUCUUCGGGCAAAGGAAGAAGCCAUAUUCUGCUCUGUACCAAAAUGUCUCAUCCUUUUCUUGCUUCUUGGUACUUCUUGAAGAUUUGGUUCUCGAAAUUCGUUUCUUCUUGAAGCGAUUAGCUUGCUACUGCCGUUUUGUUCCCUGUUCCUCAAAUUCCUUUUAUUAAGCAUGGGUUUUGCCAACAGUUUCAACUUUCCGGGGUACCCAUUUUACCAUUUCGACCAAGAAUUAAGCAUCCUCAGCCUCUUGGUUCCGAUCAUUCUAUGUUUCUUUUAGGACUUCUCUCAAAACACUCUUGAAUUUCUUGGUUUUGGUCCUUAAAAUUCUCUCUUGAACCAUGGGAUGCGUCAACGGCAAGUGCUGUAGCCCUUGCCAGCCAACAUCGGACGGAGAGUCCCGGGAGUACCGCGAAGCAACUCCGUACAGUGUGCAAGGCAAACACAUACUCACACAGAUACCCUUGGAGUCUGUCUCUGUUCCUUCGCACAACUUUCAUCUGGAGUACUCGGUUCUCACGCAACGUGGUUACUACCCGGACUCGCCGGAUAAACAAAACCAAGAUAGUUUCUGCAUCAGGACACAGAUUCAAGGUAACCCAAAUAUCCAUUUCUUUGGUGUAUUUGAUGGUCACGGUCAUUAUGGUACAGAGUGUUCGAAUUUCGUCAAGGAUAGGUUGGUAGAAAUACUGGCCGAUGACCCGUCAUUCUCGGAUGACCCCGUCAAAGCUUUUAACUUGGCGUUUCUGGCUACUAAUCGUGAGUUACACGUUAGCGACAUUGAUGAUUCAUUGAGCGGUACCACCGCGAUCACGGUGCUUGUUGUUGGGGAUAGACUUUUCGUGGCGAAUGUGGGCGAUUCGAGGGCCGUGAUUGCGGUGAAACACGGGAAUCGGAUCGUAGCCGAGGACUUAUCAAACGAUCAGACGCCGUUUAGGAAAGAUGAGUACGAGAGAGUGAAGCAAAGUGGGGCCCGGGUUUUAACUGUUGAUCAAGUGGAGGGGUUUUCGGAUCCAAAUAUUCAGACGUGGGGUGAUGAAGAAUCUCAAGGCUGCGAUCCUCCAAGGUUGUGGGAACAGAAUGAGACGUAUCCGGGAACUGCAUUCACGAGGAGCGUAGGAGAUUGGACAGCUGAGCAGAUUGGUGUGGUGGCUGAUCCGGAGGUGUCGGUUGUUCAGCUUACAGCUAACCAUCUGUUUUUUGUUGUUGCAAGCGAUGGCGUUUUUCAGUUCCUCUCCAGCCGAGCAGUUGUUAAUAUGGUGGCAAGAUAUACAGAUCCCCGGGAUGCAUGUUCUGCCAUUGCUGGAGAAUCGUAUAAGAAAUGGUUGGAACAUGAAACCCGAACAGAUGAUAUUACAAUCAUCAUUGUCCAGAUCAAAGGUUUUUCUAAUUUAGAUGGCGAUGGAUCAAAUGGGACCAAUAUUAGGGCAACAAGGUCCAGAAGAGAAACUUCUGAAAUAUCCAUUACAAGUGUUUCAGAGUUAUACCGUUCAGUAAGAAGCGGCUUCUCGGUCCUGCAGCCUUGUCAGCAUGUCGUUUCAACAAAUCGAAGCCUAGGUAUCAUUGUUCCAUCUCUGGAACGUGCAAGGUCAUUGGAAUGUGAUGAAAUUCAUGACCUUGAGGAAGCAGCCUAACACUUCCUUGUCUUUUUUCUUUAGAGGAUGUGGGCAAGUCGUGCAGUCUCCAAGCGACAGCUUCUCUGUUAAUUUGCUCUAUAUACAGGAUAUAAUUGGUCACUAAUCUCCAGGCAACAGCUUCUUUGCUAGUACUGAUAAAAAUCAUUUAAACCAUUUGUAACCAACCCUGCUAGAUUCCUUCUGGAGAACAAAAUGCUCUCCCUCC